AAUCCAUCUCGUGCUCAAGCGAGGGAGGGGGAGUUGACCAAUGUUGGUUGAAUCGAGGGAGUACAGGGCCUGAAGCGGGAACUCCCGGAGCCUCACAGAGGCAGCAAUGGCCGCCAGCGCAAGUCGCAACAAUAGCAGUCGAGGAAGGGACUGCUCGCGCGUGAUCGUCAUCGAUAUAUCCUCUGACGAAGAUGAAGAGCUUCCUGCGGCUAAGAAGGCAGCGGCUGUGGUUACAGCAACAACAACAGCAGCAGCAGCGGCAACGACAGCAGCAGCGGCGAUGGUGGAUUCAACAACAACAGCAGCGGUGGCCGUGAAAGAAGAAAUGAAGACGUACGCUGGUCAGAGACUAUUCGCUGAGUUCCUGGAGGUGUGCGCACGCGUCGCCCACAAGCACCCCGAGGUGCUGAGCUUCCUCAGGGCGAAGCACGCCAACACCACUGCCGAAUUCAAGGAGUCGGCAGAGUUGCGCGCCGUGCUGCGCCGCUACAUGCGCAAGAUCUCCGAGAAGCCGUCGCGCACGUACGUUUACAUCAACGAGGUGGUGGCGGUGCUCAAGGCCAACGCACAGCGCAAGCGUCCUCGCGAGGAUGCGUCGUCGGCAAGCGGCUGUGAGGCGCCGGCGCGGAGCGGCGGCGGCGGCGUCGACUCAUCCCAACCGGCGGUGAAGAGGCCCCGGGUGAAAGACGCAGCGCACAGCAACGGUGGCAGCAGUGGCGGUGGUGAUGAUGGUGGUGGCGGUGAUGGUGCCAGCGGUGGUGGUGGUGGUGAAGAUGAUGCCAAGGCUGGCACGGCGGAUGGGGCUAAACCGCGUGCUUCCCGGCGUCAGAUUGAGAGGCUGGAGGACCUGCUGCGUCUCUACAACCGCGAGAUUCAGCGACUCCAGGAGCGGGAGCUGGAUCUGGACGAGCUGGGCCGCGAUGACUCAUCCUAUUUGCAGGAGCACCAGCUGAAGCGCAAGAUCAUGAGCAUCUUCUCACGGUUGUGCGAGCUCAAGGGCUGCACCAACAUGACGGGGCGGGUCAUCGAGCAGAGGCUCUACAUCAAGUGCACGCGCCACCCUGAGGUCAACCGCCAUGUGGAGCGGCUCAUCAACAAGCCGGGCUUCUUCCCCGACCUGCAGGACGUGAAGGGAGUGGUGCGUGCAACCAACCAGCGCUACAACCUCGGCCUGUCUCCCCGCGAGGUUCACAACGUCUCCCUUGACGCCUUCCGCGAGGCAUGCACCAAGCUGCAGGAGCGACGGCACCUGGAUCUGGUGUACAACUUCGGCUGCCACCUUACGGAGGACUUCAAACCCUCGUCUGACCCGGCCCGCUACGACGGCGAGCUGGAGGCCAAGCUGCGGCGCAACCGCGUCGUGGCCCUGCAGCACCUCGAGGACGUGGUCAACAAGUACGCUGAGCUGGAAAUUCCAACUAGCGAGCAAGACAAGCAGGAGCCGGGCAGGCGAGACGGUCGGGACAGCCGGCACAGCCGGGAUAGCCGGGGCAGCAAGGACAAACAGCCUCGCCGCUUGCAGUUAGUUCCGUCCACCUCGGCGGCGUCCACCUCGGCAUCAGCCUCGGCGUUCACCUUGGCAUCAGCGCUCGCGAGAGACGGCCACCUCAAGCCGGACCCGGACGAGGAGGAGACGGUGACCGUCGCGCCGCCAUCCCCUCGCCCACUCGAGCUCAAGGGGCAGGAGGAGGAGCGGCAGCAGGAGGAGGGGAAGCAGGGAGAUGAGGCGGAUGACCAUGACGAUGACGAAGAGGAUGAGGACGAAGAAGAUGAGGAAGACGAGGACGACGAGGACGACGAUGACGACGAGGAGGACGAUGACGACGAGGAGGAUGAGAGCUCCGAGCCAGAUGUGGACAUGGAGCUGGAGGGGAUGGAAAUGAACGGAGGCAAGAACUACAAUGAGGAGAAGGAGGGAGAGGAUGGAGAAGAAGAGGGGGAACAGAAACCAUCCGAGAGCGAGGAAUCCACCUCGCCCCACGACUCUGUCUCCAGCAAGGAGGCCACCUCGUUGAGGCACGGAGAUGGCUCCGCCAGGAUCAACGGAGGCUCCGCGGCAGAGGAGGCGGUGCCGCUGAGCCCCACAGCGGAGGAGGUGGGGCCACAGGAUUCCACGGGGGUGGCAGCGGUGGUGGUGUUGACGCGUGUCCCCACGAAGGAGGUGGCGGUGCUCCUGAACCCCACGGCGGAGGUGUUUGCACGGACGGAUAGCAUGGAGGUCACGAGCACCGCUCCCAGGGUUGUCUCUUUGGGGGAAAUGAAAGACUGCAUCUCUGUGAUGGAGGUCAAAGACUGUGUCUCCAGAGCAGAGGUGAGAGACUCUGACCCCAGCAUGGAGGUCCCAGCUACUGUCUCUACAGUGGAGGUGAAAGAGGCCAUCUCCACGGUGGAGAUAACAGACACAGACUCCUCGGUGGAGUUUAUGGACAUUGAUUCUGUGACAGAUGUCAUAGAUGAUGUUCCCAGAAAGAAUGUGGCUCCGGGGUUGGGCUGUGGCGAUGGAGGCCCCAAGGUGGAGUUGGUUGAAGGCCCCAAGGUGGAGCUGGCUGGAGGUCUCUUGGUGGAGCUGGCUGAAGGCCCCAAGGUGGAGCUGGCUGACGGCCCCAAGGUGGAGUUGUCUGAAGGCCCCAAGGUGGAGCUGGCUGGAGGAUCCAAGUUGGAGCUGGCUGAAGGCCUCAUGGUGAAGCUGGCUGGAGACCCAAAAGUGGACGAAUCUUCUUGUUCAGCAGAGAGGCUCUUAUCCACGGCGUCCAAGUCAGGACUGGCAGCUGAGAAUGACGUCGCUGCCACGCCGAGUGGCAGUGAAGUGCUGGAGGAGGUCUUCGGGACAGAGAUCCCCACCGUGGAGAGGGUUCCUUGCAUGCAGGAACUCUCCAAUUCAGAGGUCCCCAGCAAGGAGGAGUUCCCCAGCACAAUGGAGGUCCCCGGCACGACAGAGGUCCCCGGCACGACAGAGGUCCCCGGCGCGGAGGAGGUCCCCGGCGCGGAGGAGGUCCCCGGCGCGGAGGAGGUCCCCGGCGCGGAGGAGGUCCCCGGCGCGGAGGAGGUCCCCGGCGCGGAGGAGGUCCCCGGCGCGGAGGAGCUCCCCGGCGCGGAGGAGCUCCCCGGCGCGGAGGAGCUCCCCGGCGCGGAGGAGCUCCCCGGCGCGGAGGAGCUCCCCGGCGCGGAGGAGCUCCCCGGCGCGGAGGAGGUCCCCGGCGCGGAGGAGGUCCCCAUAGCUAAGGCGGUCCCCUUCAUGGAAGAGGUCACCAGCACAGCGGAAGUUUCUGUCGUGGAGAUCUCCAGCGAGGAUGGCAUUCCAGACAAAUGUUUGACGCACCGGCUGGUGCCACUGCGCCCGUCGCUGUGUGAGCACUCGUACAGCUCCUCGCAGGAGGUGCUAGGGGACCAGCUGGCCCACGCCGCGACGGCGCCACUCUGCUCCUCUCCCAUCGAGUUGCCGCCGCAGCGUUCCGGCACCCGGAACCGGCAGAUGGUGCUGGCACUGUCGCCCGUGAAGUCGGCGGGCGCGGUAACUGCCAAGGUGGUGCAGGUGGCGCCCAAGCGGGUACUGCCCAGCCUGCAGAGGCCCAAGCUGGUGCCCACGCAGUCGGAGAACGCGCCAUCGCUCCUGCAGGCCGGGGCGGUGCGGUGUGCGCACGUGGCGGUGGAGCGGGCUGGUGCCAACAGCCACCAACAGCGGCUCACCAACCCAAUACUUCUGGAUCUCAGGGACCUCCCUAGCCGCCCCCCGCUAUCAGGGUCCGCAUCGCCAUCCAGGCUUUUGUCUGCCGCCGGCAAACCAUACAAGGUGAGCGUGUCAACGCAGUGCGUUCCUCAAGACAUCAUCGUACUCUCUGACUCCGACUGAUCGUUGGAGACAUGCACAGUGAUGGGAGGGUGAGAGUCCAUAAAAUGAUGGAGCGAGUGCGGUGAGACUCGUCAGCAACGGCAACCUGAAACUGUUGAGCAUCUUGGAGCAUGUCAACCACACACACAGCACGCCCGCACACAUGCGCACAAAGAUCUGUACAGCCUUCAACAGACUUUUGGGGCAAGUGCUGUUAGCGAAUAGCACCUAUGAAGGCCAGCAUGGCACAUCACGAGGUGUUGGGUAGCCCACACCGUGCCCGGCACCAUUAUCGGUCGUGAACAGGAAUCAAAUUCUUAUUGCUGGAUUUAUGGUGCAAAGCGCCAACCACUCCGCCAACGCUUUCCAUAGACACAGAUAAACGCACAGACGCAGUCAGACAGAACAAACACAGACACAAGAAUGCACACAUGGACAAAGUACACUACAUAACAGACAGCACACCUAUAUAGACGGACACAGGCAUACACACAGCACACAGUCACAUGAUUUUUUAAAUAGUUAUAAUAAAUUCUAUUUUGAAAUGUGUGUGGGCGUAUGUGUGUGUUAGUGCGUGUGGUCGUGUGUUUUCUGACUCGCACCAACGUGUCUUUGAACGCUAUUUAUUUAUCUAUCAGGAAAGGGGAGGCGGAGCCGCAUAGCUGUGAUUGGCUAAAAUGCCAAUACUGUGAUUGGCUGAGAUCGGGUAGUCGUCACUGAUUAGCCAAUCAUAGUGCUCGGACACACGUGGAUGUGUAGGUGACACGCUAUUAAAUGUAGGCCAAUAGGGUGCAAAACAAAUGAGACAAAGAUACCAGAAACAAUACAAACGAGACAGUAAAAACGAGAGAGAAUCGAUUGUUGAAUCAAAUCCUGGAAAGUCAGGUAAUCGUUAGCGGGAAGUUUGUGAGCUGAAUUGUUAUAUUUUGUAUGGCGUCAUUCAUGUAAAUCACAUUUCGGAUUGCUGUAGAAUUUUCUUCGCUGCGUGUGUAAAACCGCAGACGAGGGGGGGGGGCAGCCACAGAACCAACCACUGCUGCCUAUUUAAAGUUCCCAAGAUCUGCGGUCCUACGUUGGGAUGCUUAGCCAGCUCCACUCAUGAGUGUGGUGACACGUGGGAGGAAAGCCGAAUGCCCGGAGAAGACUCGCGCAUGCUCGAGGAGGGGGAGCGGCACCACUAAAUUCUUCCUUGCGUGUGCGAUGUGUAGAUAGGAGCGGUGUAAUUAACUGUAUAUGUACACGGUGUACAUGCGCAUCUCCACUGUAUGUAUAUUCUGUACAUAGCCCGUCUGUUUGAAAUAGGGAGAAAUAAUUUAGGGUGGUUCCAAGUUGUGCUGCACUGUCAGUGGUAGAAACUGUUGAGAGUGAAGUGAUCCUGACCCUGACGUUCCAGCUGUCUCUCUAUCCACUGCUACACAAUGCCCGUUUGUCCCAGCGUGAUUCUGGGGACACCUUUGCACCCAGAAGCUGGCAUUCAAGGAUAAUCCGCUCUCCCGCCAUCGCUUUUUGUCGACCGCUGUCCACCCUUUUUGAAGCGUUGGAAAAUCUCGGCUGCUUUGGGGCACUUUUUCUUCGCCAGAGACGUUGCCGCACAACGUCACUUUGCCAAUAGACGCGAGGUGCCAGUCGUUGCCACCAACCGUGACCGGGAACCUUUACGGCCAUGAUCGGCAGAUGUGUUGGGUAACUCUCCGGAUUGUCAGACGGUCUGGAACGUUAGAUCCUCGUCCCCUCACCACCACCACCACCACCUCUCACACGAGUACCCGGCAUCAACAAAGUUCUACAACUUUGUAAACUAAAAAUUGUGCCAUUUAAAACAAGAUUAACCUGGAAAAUUCCUUGAUGGAACGUGUGUUAUGUGAAUUUUAAUUAUAUAAUUGACAGCCUCCGAAACAUCACCUUUUACUAUCAUAGUUUCCUU